CUGUUUCCUUAUCGUAGACGAUCUUUGAAUCACAGCCAGCGCGGAGGACCUACGUCAUAUCCGCUUUGAGGGAAGGAUGUUGUUUUGGUGUUUUCGGUCAAGCGUCCUCUCCCGCCAAAGUAACGAACAGGGGCCUUGUUAAAUGGCAAAUGUUUAUCUUAUCCUUUCUGCCAUACUUUUUCACGGUUGUCCCUAAUCAUCACCAAAACAUCUACAAAAAAAAAAGACCACAGUUAAAGCCCCGCGUUAGUGCACGAUCUUACUGAAGAUGAUGAGGCUAUUAUAUUUUCAGACAAUCCCAAUUACACGGUGCUUAAAUGCGCAUGUGGUUCGGUAAUGGCAGCCAGCGGCUGGAGCUCCGUCCCGCGGGUGGUGUGUAACGUUACGAUACCUCCGUGUGCUUGUAUGGGUGGAGACUGAGGUCCUCCCUCAACAUAUAAUCAGACAGACAACACGAGUACGCCGCCUAACCCCCCACUCCCCCCCAGCAGCGAACGUUACAUAUUAUCACAGCACUAUUGUUGUUUAGGGCAGAAGCUCUCGCGCAUAAUUCACAGUUACGUUACGUCGGAUCAUAAAGUGAGAGAGAUGAGCGAGAUGCCCGAGGACAUGCCUGCAUACCUCAAUGAUGAGCCAGUAUCUACAGACAACAACGAAAACAAGGAUCAUCCUCCGGCGCAGCCGGGCAUGUUCGGCAGGUUGGCGGGGGGCUUGUACGGUGCCACCAAGGGAGCUUUAGGGGCGACCGUGGGCGGCGUGACGUGGAUAGGAGGAAAGAGUCUGGACCUCACCAAGACCACGGUGUGCUCGGUAGCCGCUCUGCCCGGGAUCGGAGUGGGUCUGGUCAAAGGAGGAGUGUGUGCGGUAGCCGGGGGAGUGACUGCUGUGGGCUCUGCGGUGGUCAGCAAAGUUCCCAUAGGAGGAGGCAAAAAGAAGGACAAGUCCGACUGACGAGGAGGAGGAGGUGGAGGAGGAGGAGGAGAGUGAACGCACACAGCCGCGGCGCCACGGCUCGCACUGUGAGCAGGAAAAGCGCAGCACAGGACUCAAACGUUUGCUCUACACAUUUUUUGGUAACGGGAGUCUUUUGUUGUUUUUCUUUGGUUUGUCUUCUAUAAUGUGAUUGCUGUUAGAUGUGCAUAUAGUUAAGGGGUUAGGACCUACAAAGGAUGAACUUGCAAAGACUCUCCUGCUUUGUUGUUAAAGGAAACACGCUAUUAUCACCAGUGCCUGAAAUUGUCAAAUAAAAUGUCCAUGUUUCAGUUUUGAUAAAAAGUGACGACCCUGAUUUAACCGACCCUGAAGUUAACUUUGGCACCAGAAGAGAGAGGCUCCUAAACAGUAUAAAAUUACAAGACAAUCCUUCAUCAUUGGUGAUCCGACACACUGACCGAGGUGUUUCACUUUCAACUCCCAUGGAUUAGAAAAUGUGUCCAUGGGGACUUAAGUUUGUGUUCAGUUAAUCGCUUCUGUUCAGCUCGCACAAAUGGACAAAGCUGUGAUCUUUGAGGUUGAGUCCAGUUCAAUAUCUAAACCACCUGCUGACCGUUUGAUGUUUUUACUGGUGAACUUGCUAUGUGAAAAAUAAUUUGCCCCUGAUUAGUUUGCAUAUUUUGAAAGGCAUAAAUUAUUUAUAUAAAACUCAUUUUAAUUUUAGACAAAGAUAACCAGUCAAUACAAAUGUCUUUUUAAGGUUGGUUUGGAUUCCUAAAGUCAUCAUUUGAAACAUGCAAUUUGUAUAUAUUUGGGUUAUCUUUGUUUAAUAUUACAAUUAGUUUGAUUACCUGAAACAUUUAACGAUGACAAAUAUAGAAAAAAAAUAAGAACCAGGAAAAAAGGGCGAAUGCUUUUUCACUGUAUGUGAUAGGUUCAGUUUUCUCUGAAUAUUAUCUUCUUGUAGUUAUUGUGUCACCUGGGCGAAAGUGACUCAUACUUUUGAUACAGCAUCUGAUUUCUUACAAUGAAUAUUAUGUCAGUUUCAGAAUAUUGAGUAUUUUGAUAGCAAUUAAAAUUCCAGUUUGACUAUGAAUAUUAUUUUAUACAUGACAUAUAUUUUGACUAACUGAAUAUUUUGAUAGUUACUGUGCCAUGUUCGUUGUAUGUUCAAAUCAAACAAUCUUAACAUCUAUAUUUCAGACACGAUGCAUCAUAAUGUCAUAAAUAUAUAUUACAGUGUAUAAAAGCAUUACUUCUCAACCUGAACGUUGCCCAAAUGCUUCGUGUUUCUUAGCCAAUCUGAAGGCUGGAGUUUUAACUUUACGUUAUUAAUCUCAAGUGUCAACUGCAUUUGAAGAUGACAAACUUAGGUUCCAUAUUAUUUAAAGGAAAAGGUAUCUACCUAAACUGUAAAAUGCCAUUAGUCUUCAAGGCACUUUACAGAAUUAAGCUUUUGUUUAAUCAGUGUUGCAGGAUGUUUGAAAGUUUGUUGAACAAUCAGAAUUUUUGGAAACAUGGCAAUAUUGCGAAAAAGUUUAAAUAAAACAUGGUGAACGUUG